AUUAAAUGUGAAUCUGAAUUACAAAUGGCCGACGUUGAUCGCGUUAGUGCGGUAAAAGUGUUUUGUGACAAAUAAACAAUUACAUUAUAACUUAUGUCUCGUUAAACUUUGUGUGUAGUGAAAUUAUAUAUGAACCGUUAUAAAAUGAUACCAAGUAUUUUUUGUAAAUGGGUACAUGAAAAUUAGACAAAAUUAUCAUUAACCUCAAAAAAUAUUAACAAAAAUGGAGCUUCCACAACCUCCAGCAGAUCAAGACCUUCGCAACAUAAUAGAUAAAUUGGCUCAGUUUGUUGCGAGAAAUGGCCCAGAGUUCGAGAAAAUGACGAAACAAAAACAAAAAAACAACCCUAAGUUCAGUUUCCUGUACGGCGGAGAGCACUUCAACUACUACCAGUAUAAAGUGACGACAGAACAAGCAAUUCUAAAGCAAUCGGCCGGUGGGCAGUCUGCUCCCGCGCCCGCCGGGGCUUAUAUGGCACAGAACAGGCAAUAUGUAAUGCCCCAACAGGGCGGUGCUACGGCCGCGCAGCUAGGGCUCGCGGCUACGAUGGCGGUCGCACCGGCGCUCCAGCAAUGGUUGGCGGUGAACUCCGUCCCACCCGCGGCGCCCGCUCAUCACUCUCACGACAUCGACAACAUCAAUGUACAGAUCAACAUGCUCAAGGAACAGAUAACUCAGUCGGAGAAUAAUCUCAGUGCUCAGCAUACGGUGUUGAUACAGCAACAGCAAGCUAAGAUCAAUGAGUUGGUGGGCAAGGCGCAAAUGGAAACCAUUCAGAUUAUGGCUGAUGAAAACAACAUCAGUCUCAGUGAAUUGGACAAUAUUUUGCAACCAAUAAUAGAAUCAUGUACUAAGGAUAGCAUUUCUUCGGGUAAAGGGUGGAUUUUACAACAUGCAACAUCACAUGAUGCAGGCAAAGUGAUCUCACAGCACCUCCUAAGAAAAGUGACCCAGCCCGGAGCAGCUUUCACCCAGAAACUUCAUAUCAUUUACCUUGUAAAUGAUGUGCUACACCACUGUGCACGCAAAAACGCGGAAGAUCUCAAGAAAAAUUUGGAAAAUGUGGUGGUUCCCAUGUUUUGCAAUGCCAGUAUAGCCGUCACCGAGGAACAGGAGGCGAAGCUUAACAAGCUGCUCCGCUUGUGGGAGUCCAAGUCCAACUAUUUCGAGUCUUCGGUCAUUGAGAAAAUGAAGAGCCCCACCUCCUCCUACCAGGAGUAUCAGGCCAACCUCAUCGCGCACCACUCUAACGCCAUCUCGCAUCUUACACAACAGACUAAAGCAACAUUCGAAAACUAUCAAUCGCAACAUCAAGCAUUUGUAGCUCACACAAUGCAACAGAUUCAGCAAUUGGAGAUGCAAAAGCAUGCAUUGGAAUUGCAAAAUCAGGAACACAAAGAUAAUACUCAUCAGAAAAAUGUGCCACCACCACAAUUUGAAAACAAUUUUAAUGAACCAAAUUUCCCUCCGAUGGGAUUUCAUGAACAAAACUUUAACUCGAGCCAUCAGUUCGGCAGCGAGAGCGGAGAUAAUUACGCCUCUAACAACAGUAUGAGUGGGAACGAGAACAGCUACGAUAGUCAAGUGUUUGAUCAAAUAAUGGCGCAUAAAAAACCUGUUGAAAUAGAAAAACUGGACCUAUCAAAUCUUCCAAAAGUGAAUUUCUCCCAGCCACCUCCCGGUUUCACACCACCUGACAAACUACCCCUGUUAGCAUUCCAAAAUGGUCUUCCAGAUCUUAGUAAACCUCCCCCAGGAUUCAUGCCAUUCCCAGAAAUAAAUAACGAAGACUUAAUGCCUUCUGCACCAUAUUUUGAGUUGCCUGCGGGUCUGAUGGUGCCUUUGAUAAUGCUGGAAGAGGAUCGGUAUCGUCCCCUGGACCCUGCGAAGAUCCGUCUGCCGCCGCCCGCGCCGCCCAACGACCGGCUGCUGGCGGCUGUCGACGCCUUCUACGCCUUGCCCAACCACGAGCGGCCUAGGGAUAAUGAAGGAUGGGAGAAGCUUGGUCUAUAUGAAUACUACAAAGCCAAGAACGCGGCUCGCAAACGCAAGGAAGAGGACAUAGCGCAGGGUAGGAGACAGCGCUCCAAGUCGCCCAGUCCCAUACCCAAAGACCUGCAGAAACAGCCCACACCACCCGGCAGACGAUACAGAUCAAAAAGCAAGACGCCAGAGAAAUCUCCAGUGCAAUCAAAGUCACGGUCGCCGUCUCCCAGACGGAAACAGACAUCGUGGAGGAGAGAGCGAGACCGAGAUAAUCGUCGGAGGUCGCGUUCAAAAUCCCGGUCUCGGUCACGCAGCAAGUCGCGGGAGCGAGAGCGAGAACGAGACCGGGAGAGGGAGCGAGAGCGCGAGCGCGCGCGGGACUCGCCGCCCUCGAGAUCUCGACGCGUAGAACGUUCCAGAUCACCUACACCGCCUAGUUUUCUUUGUGGUACGUUGCCAUCGACGUCCGGUCUGGACUCCAGUAACAAGGGUCACCAGCUCUUGCAGAAGAUGGGAUGGAGCGCGGGCGGGCUGGGCGCGGCGGGCCAGGGCAUCGCGGAGCCCAUCAGCGGCGGCGCCGUGCGAGACAAGCAGGACCAGUACAAGGGUAACGAACAACCAAUAUAACGAUUUUUUGAUUAUGAUAUAAACCCUGUUUACACUAAUACUCGUAAAACACUCACAAAUUGCUUAACAUUUUAGAAUAUCACUUCAAUUUAUAGACAAGGCGUUUAUAUAUACUUUAUAAUUGUGAAUAUAAAAAAAUUCACCUAUAAUUAACACGGAAUUAAAAAGUCAAAUAUGGCCGACAUUGAUUUAAUGGGCUUUCAAUUUCAAUAAAGAAUGAUUGAAACACCAAUUUAUUAAAUUGCUAUGUUAUAUCUGUGAAAAAAAAUUGGUAAUUUUCAUGAAUACAAUCUUAUUUCAGAAAAUAAAAGGGAUAUAACAUGAUUAUUUUGUAAAUAAUGAAAUUCAAUCUUGUCAUAAUUGGGUUGACAAAUGCAGUUACACUUGUACAUGUUUAAUUUUUUUUUGUUUCAGCAGUUUCCUUUUUGUUUAUUAGAAAUUAUUAACCAACUGGCAUUGUAUUUUUAUAGGUGUUGGAGUAAACCUAAAUGAUCCAUAUGAAAAUUUCAGAAAGAACAAAGGUGCGGCAUUUAUUACGAGAAUGAAGGAGAGGGCUCUCGAA